AUGUCGACUACCGAAGCUGUCGCUGGCGAUGGAGCUGCUCCAGCCGCAGCCGCAGCCGCAGCCGCUGCUAGGGACAUUUCUAGAGACGGGAACAAGAUAGCCGACAUGGAGUAUUACGAUCUGCUCGGCGUGUCUGGCCAAGCGACAGAUCUUGAGCUCAAAAAGGCUUACAGGAAGAUGGCCAUCAAACAUCACCCGGACAAGGGCGGCGAUGAAGAGCGGUGAGUGCGGCCGGACGGGCGUCGGUAGAACGACGAUGGUCUCGCUUCUCGUCCAUCGCAGUCCUGCACCUUUUCGAAGCAAUUGCUCACCCACCAUCCACGCAUACAUGCCAGAUUUAAGCUCAUUGGAGAAGCCUACCGCGUGCUCUCGGACAACCACCUGCGCGCUGAUUAUGACAAGCACGGAAAGAAGUGAGUGCAUGCGCGCUCGGCUGCUAGUCGGGAUGCGCAUUCCGCUCACCUGAGCGUCUCCUCCACGCCCCCCACUCAGAAAACCGACGGGAGAAGUGGGUCUGCACGAAGCGACAGAGAUGUUUGGGCAGCUGUUUGGUGGCGAGCGGUUCGUGGACCUUAUCGGCGAGAUCUCGCUGCUGAAGGACUUUGGCAAAGCGAGCGAAAUCAUCAUGACAGAGGAGGAGAAGAAGGAAGCGGAAGAGGCUCUCAGAGCUCAACAGGCGGACACUCCUGGUGCUGUUGCAGCUGCAGAGGCAGCUGCAAAGGAGCAAGGGGCUGUGGGCGGCGCAGCGGCUUCGACAGGUGCGUCUGCUGCUUCCACCGGCACGCCCGCUGGCACAGGAACACAGACUUCGGGCGCAGAGGGCGCCGCCAGCUCCACGGACUCUCAGGUCGCGGGAUCUGGCAACAAGCCACCGCCGUCUGCGAAAGAGAGGGCCAAGCUGACGCCAGAACAGAGGGCCAAGCUGGAAGAGCUAGAGAGGGAGAAGGAGGUGCAGGAGAAGCAAAGAGUAGAGGACUUGACUCGCAAGCUCAAGGAUCGAAUCAGACCAUUUGUAGAGGUGCGUCUCAUCGCCCCCUCGCCACAACUUGUCAAGCUUCAUCACAACUGACAGCCUUUUGCGCACCUCUGAAUGCAGGCCAAGCACCCUGGCGAUGCCAACGAUUCAGAGACACAAAUCUUUGAGCGCAAGAUGAGGGAAGAAGCAGAAGACCUCAAGCUCGAGUCGUUUGGCGUGGAGCUCUUGCACGCAGUGAGUGAGAUCGGGUUCGUUCAUGUAGCUAGCGAGCGCUGAGCACGUGCGCAUCGUGCAUCAGAUUGGUUCAAUCUACUUGUCCAAGUCCACAACCUGGAUCAAAUCGAGACCGAGCAACUUUUUGGGUCUGCCUGGAUUCUUCUCGAAGCUAAAAGAUAAAGGCACAGUGGGCAAAGAAAUGUGGGGCCUCCUAGGCAGCGCAGUGAGCGUGCAGAUGAGCAUGGAGGAUAUGGCAAAGAGGCAAGAGAAGGGCGAUUUGGAUGAGGAAGAGCUCAAGCUGAUGGAGCAAGAGAUGAGCGGAAAGGUGGGUGCAAAGGCUCGGCUCGCGCACAGCCAAAAGAUUGGCUGACCCCUGUCUUUCCUGGGAUGCGACACUGACCGUAGAUGCUACUCGCUGUGAGUCACCGAACGCCGUGUGGAGCAGGGGCAUUCCAGUCAUCUGACAAUGCAUCCAUUUCCCAUCACAGACUUGGAGAGCGUCUCGCUGGGAGGUGACUUCCGUGCUGCGAAGGGUCUGCGACGCUCUACUGAACGAAAAGGGCGUCGACCAAAAGGUGAGCCACGAUGCAAACAGCGCUCUUCAUUUACCGAGGCUCGUUGUAAUUCAUCUGGACCUCUCUCACCCUCUCAGACUCUGCUAAAUCGCGCACGGGCACUCGCGUUCCUCGGUGCCAUCUACAAGCAAGUCAAACCAGAAGCGGAGGACGACGAGAGACGAGAGCUGGAACGCCUUGUCGCGGAAGCAGGAAGCAAGAGUGAGAGCCGAUGAGCAUAACGCGGUCGAUUUUGCGGACUUUGGUGGCUGAUAGCUCUUUCAAACUCUUUUGCAGAGAAAAAGGGCAAGAAAGAGAAGAACGGCAAGCCAGCGCAAGCAGUGCCCGCUGCUGCAGCUGCCAGCAACGAUGCGACGCCCAGCAGCUGA